AUGGCGUCUUGUUCAGAUUUAACUAAAAUUGAAUAUGGACCAAUUCCAAAGGCCUUACCAGUUCCUGUAUCAACAAGCAAGAAAUUUGCCGAACCAUUUAAUCGCCUUAAAAAUCGAGCUAAUUUAUUUCGUCGAAAAAAUUAUUCAUCGCAACUUAAUAUAAGCUCAAGUCCAAGUGAUCAUCGACCAUUAUCAUGUACUGAUCAUAUUAUACCCUCAGAUCAAUUAUCGAUAACAAGCAUUCAUAAUACUGGUGAUGCUGUUCUUAAACGUUCAAAUUCUAUGAUAUGUCCUCAACAACAUUUACAAGUAUUUUUAAAUCAAAAUAACAACAACAACAACAAUAAUAAUUAUUAUAUCAAUCAUCGUAAUUCAAUUUGUCUUGAAUUAGCUGGCUGUUCAACUGACGAAAGUUCAACGGACGAUUAUCAAUUAACCAAAUCAUCAUCGAAUCGUUAUUGGACUAAAUCGAUAUCUUCAACAAUGAAUGAUAUAGAUGAAAAUGAAAUUUUAUCUACGUUUCCUAUUCAGCCAUCACUACCACCGACUAUAAUUGAAGAAUCCAAUAUUAAUCUUAUUAAUGAAAAUGAGCCAGAAGAAAAAGUAUUGUCAUCAUUACCUAACAAUAAUAACAACAGUGAACAUACGUCUGCCAUUCUUCCAUUAUCUCAGUCAACUAUGGAUGUUAUUAUAAGAGAAAAAGAAGAUAAAGAAAAACAACAAGAACAGAUAACUUCUACGAGUAUUCCAACUUCUAUUAUAUCUUCAUCUCAUUCAUCAUCAUCAUCAUCGACAGUUAUAUUGCGAGAUCAUGCCGAAGCGAUUCGUACCCGUCGUCAGUGUCAUUCAAGUAUAUCUCUUCUGCAGCAUCAGCAACGACAACAACAGUCUUUAUCUUCAUUCGAAGAAUCAUUCUAUGAUUGUAAACAGCAAACAUCACCAAAAAAAACCAAUCACGAAUUAGAAAUGUCUUUAACAAAAAUUUCAGCUUGUACAAUGACUGGUAAAUCAUUAAAUAAUUUAGAUGAAUCUCUAUCAGCAACUUCAUCGGAAGAAAAAGGUGUACAAACAACAUUAAAUGAACCAAUAAAUACAAAUGCUUGCGUUAAACGAGCCAUUUCUUCGACGAGUCUAUCAUCAUCAUCAACAUCGAUAAAAACUGAUUCACUUGAAAAAAAACCUAAAAUGCCUACAUCAUCAACGAUCGACGAAACAACAUCAACUAAUGAUAUUGAUGCGCCUACAAAUUUAACUGGCCAAUAUCAAAAUGAAUCGCUAUAUAAAUGGCCACAUGUAAAUGAAAGAUUACUUGGUGAACAACCAUGCAUUUAUUGGGUCAACUACUUAGGUUCAACAGCAAUUAAAAUGUUGAAUGAUGGUACCACAGCCAUGCCUUCGCAAGCUAUUUCACGAUUGAAACAAUCGACUCAAUAUGCACGCGUUUUGCCAAUUAUUGGCUUGAGUAUUUCAUCUCGUGGCGUUGAAUUUUUAAAACAUGCAAAAGAACGUGUCGUUAUAUGUUUUCAUGAUAUUAAAUCCAUUCAUUGUGCAUGUCAAGAUGAAGAUUUACGGUAUUUUGCAUAUGUUACGCGUGAACAACGUCUAACUAAUGGCAUGUCACAUACGAAUUCGAAUGCCGCCACUGCGACUUCAAUCGGUGAUAAUAAACAACAGACAACACCACCAUCGCCAUCGUUAUCCUCCAGUGGAGAAUUUCAUCAUUAUUGUCACGUAUUUGUUGUAAAAAGUGAAGCAAUGUCAACUGAGAUUAUGUUAACAUUUGGUCAAGUAUUUGAUAUCGCUUAUCGCAUACAUCGUCGUUUUAAAUUGAAUGGUAAAAAAUCUAAAGAAACUCAUACACCUUCACCCUCGAUUACGAACUGUGAACGUCAUCGCCAACUCGAAGUCAUUCGUCUUACGGCUAAGUUUGAUAGCAAACAUAAUAACAGUGUUAUUAUGUCUUCAUCAACGCAUUCGCCUACAACAUCAUCUUCAUCAUCAUCAACUGAUGAUCGAAAAAUAUAUGUUUAA